CAUUAUUAGAAGAAUUUGAAUGAAUAAAAGAAGCAUAUAAAUCAAAUCAAAACAUGUAUUUCUUUAUUUUCUAUUUUGGUUUUCCUUCUUUUUUUUUUUAAGUAUGCUUUUAAAACGAGUUACAACUAGGCUGGUACCUUUCAGACACUAUUACUUAUUACGAUAUUUUACAACUAAUAAAAGGGUCAUUGAAGAUGUCCGGGGUAUUAUGAGAAAAGUACCUCAACCAGUCGUAGUCGUGACAACUUCAAAACCUGACGAACCUCAUCAAAGACGUGGUAUUACAGUAGGUUCUUUUACUUCGAUCUGUCUAAAUCCGGAACCACUUGUUUCAUUCUGCGUAAGAACACCUUCACGAGCUUCUAAAUUACUUCAUUCUUCUGGAAGCAUGGUUCUAAAUAUGCUCGCUCAUGAACAAGUGCAACAAUCAGUGGCCUUCUCUUCGCCUAAUUCAGAGCAAUUCAAAGACAUUCCAUUCUAUGAUGAUCCAAUUACAGGUUUACCAGUAUUAAUGGGGACAUUGGGAGCUAUGCAUUGCAAAGCAUAUAAAGUCGUUCAAUUAGGUGAUCAUGAACUUUGGAUUACAAAGGUACUUAAAGUGGAAGAAGGAGUUGGAGGUGAACAUGGUCUUCGAGAAGAAGCUCAACCUUUACUUUAUUAUGAUCGAGGAUAUCGAAGUGUAGGAGAUCAAAUUUUUAUGAAAGCCUUUACGGAUGACAACGAUCAUACAUUUGAUACUGCAAAAUGGAUGCAUAGAGCUCAUUUACGAAUGGCGUGGAAUUAUAUUCGGGAAUUAGGACCUGAUAAAGCUGAACCGAUUAUUAAAGAGACAAUGCAAAGACAUUUCCAAAAUAGUCCAUCUAAGAGUAAAGACUAUCAUGAAACAAUUACAUCUUUUUAUAUUGCAUUAAUAUCAGCUGCUAUUAAAAGUUUUCAAGGCGGGGUGUAUCGUGAUACUACAGAUUUUUUUGCUUUGGUUGAGAAAUUCCCUGAAUUAUUAGAUACAAAAACGAUUGAAACUUAUUAUUCCCCAGAUAAAUUAUAUACUGAAGAAGCAAAACAUAAUUUUAUACAGCCUGAUUUAAAGCCUUUACCAAAAUAUCUUUAGAAUAAAAGCAACAUAGAACAUAGGAAAUGAUAAAGUAGUAGCAGUAGCAGUAACAGUAGUAGUAG